AGGUCCACCUCGGGCGCUUCCGGCCGUUAACCCUGACGCACGCCGCUGGGGGGAUAACUAGGGGUGUCCGCGCGUCUUUUGGGGGCCUGAACCCGUUGUCGCACCGGGUGAGGACCAGGGGACCCCCGCGCGCCAGGACAACUAUGCCAUUUUUGGGUCAGGACUGGAGAUCUCCUGGAUGGAGUUGGAUUAAAACAGAAGAUGGCUGGAAAAGAUGUGAAUCAUGGAGUCAGGAACUUAAGAAAGAGAAUAACCAACGUGACAUCAAUCACAGCAUCAUCUUAAGUAAUGAAGAAAUAUUCAAUAGUGAAGAGCAUAAAUAUGCAUCAAAAAAAAGGAAAGAUGACCAUUUUAGGAAUGACACAAAUACUCAAUGUUUUUAUCGUGAGAAAUGGAUCUAUGUCCACAAAGAAAGCACAAGAGAAAGGCAUGGCUAUUGUACUUUGGGAGAGGCCUUUAAUCGUUUGGACUUCUCAAGCGCAGUUCAGGACAUCCGCAGGUUCAACUACGUGGUCAGACUACUGCAGCUAAUUGCAAAAUCUCAGUUAACGUCAUUGAGUGGUGUGGCACAAAAGAAUUACUUCAACAUUUUGGAUAAAAUCGUUCAAAAGGUUCUUGAUGACCAUCAAAAUCCUCGCCUAAUCAAAGGUCUUCUCCAGGACCUGAGCUCCACACUUUGCAUUCUCAUUAGAGGAGUGGGAAAGUCGGUAUUGGUGGGGAAUAUCAAUAUUUGGAUUUGCCGAUUAGAAACUGUUCUCACCUGGCAACGACAGCUACAGGAUCUUCAGAUGACUAAGGCGAACGACGGCCUUACUCUCAGCGACCUCCCUUUGCACAUGCUGAGUGACAUCUUGUCCCGAUUCUCAGAUGGCUGGGAUAUCGUCACCUUGGGCCAGGUGACGCCAGCGCUGCGUGCACUCAGUGAGGACAGGCAACUGUGGAGGAGGCUCUGCCAGCAUCACUUCACGGAGCAGCAGUUUUGUAGACAUUUGAUCCUCUCAGAAAAAGGCCAUAUCGAAUGGAAGUUGAUGUAUUUUGCACUUCAGAAAUAUUACCCGACUAAGGAGCAGUACGGAGACACUUUACAUUUUUGCCGGCACUGCAGCAUUCUCUUCUGGAAGGACUGCCGCCUUGCUUUAUUAUUCAAGGACUCGGGUCACCCCUGCACUGCCGCCGACCCCGACAGCUGCUUCGUGCCCGUGUCCCCGCAGCACUUCAUUGAUCUCUUCAAGUUCUGAAGGCGCCCUUGCCCUGCGGCUGUUGCUGUUGUGCACGGGAGCCAAGAGCUGCAGAGAACUGGCCCAUGUGCACAGGCAGGAAUGCACUGUUGUGUAUUUCCAUCUUUUGGGGGGCAGGGAGCCCAAGCAAAACCAUUCCUACGUCCUUCUUUAAAAAGUUGCUUUAAGCAUAUUCAACUUGGCAAACAUGCUGCAAAAGAGAUUUGGGUUUUCAGCACCACAGUCUGUGUGCUAAACUGAUAACAAUCAGCCAAGAAUAACCUUCUCAUCAAAUGACAAUUUCCCAGUGUUGUACUGUUUGGGGGCAAGGAGCAGAACAGUUCAAUUGGUCCUUGUUCAUAUAUUGUGCAGAAUAUUUAUUUUUCUUAAGAUGCAUUUUAACUGCAACGGCUGUGUCCAAAUGAACCCUUUGAAUGCAUGUGAGUCCAGGGAACCAUCUGCAAACCCAUCUGGUGUUUGACCAGCAAACGUAUGGGCGGCACUCAAGGACAGACGCUGAUCUGCCAGCAGGAGGGGCUCUCACUGCACCGUGAGGGGCCUCACUGCUGGGUACCUGCCAACUGAGUCAGGGCCAGCCCAUGUUACCUCACCUUGGCUGAGACUUCAUAAAGUAAUGAAUCAUGUUUAUCAUCUUACUAAAAAAAGUAGCGUUAACAAUUUAGAUACCACUUAUUUAAACCUUAAAAAGAUUGUUUUAUCUUAAAGAAAUGCAUGUCCACUUUAGAAAACAUUGAAAAUAAAGGUGUGCAAAAAAAUAAGUCACCAUAAUCCUGCCACCCAAAGGUAACUGCUUGUCAGAAAGAAUGUGAACAAUAGCCCCCCAGCAGCCACAGGAGGAAUAUGAUGUGCUAUGUAUUUUCAUCUUUGAAUAGAGUUGGGGACUCAAGCAAAAUAAUUUUUACUUCAGUUUUUUUUCCUUCUAAGCAUAGCAAGAUUUGCAAUUCUGCAUAUUUAUAAAUAAAGCUUCUGGAUUUUCACCACAUUCUGUGCUGAACUGACACUACAAGUGAGGAAUAUGCUUCUUAAAUGUCAAAUGAUAGACGGUUUCCCUCCAGGUAUGGUGUGGAGAUCCAGCACCUGUGUAUUCAUAAAACCAUAGCAAUUCUAUAUACAAUGUUGAUUUUAUAACCAGCCAUUUUUUCAAAAGCAUUUUUGCAAACAUGGCUUUUUUUCUGGCUAUAGAGUAUCACACAGUUGGAAAAAUCUGUUGUCAUGACAUUCAGGUUUUGAUUUUUGCUAUUAACAUAACUGUGAUAAGAGUCAUUGUACUUAAACUUUUGUGCAUCUGAUUAUCUCAAGAUAAACACAAAGCAAGAGUGAAACUUUUUAAGGAUGUUUCCAGACUGCUGGUGAGAAUACACCUUGUCAUGUCUUCCUAAGAGAUGGGGAGCCGAGUGCCCACACUCUCUGAAGACUGGUGCUACUUAGACAGUUGAGGGUCAGUGCAAUCUAGUAUGUGGCUGAGCAUUUCUUUUGUUUGUUCAUUUCUGGUAAAUUAGCUAAUGGGUCAUAUUAUUGUACUUUCAUGUAUGGGUCUUUUCUGUGUCAGCUUCUUCCUGAAAGGGUAUUCCCUUUUUAAACCUGCAGUUCUUUUCCCAGAAACAGUUUUCAUCGUGUAGGGAGAAGAGUCCUGCUGUUCCUUUAUUGGCACAUUUUGCAGGCAACAGACACACUCAAACCCCAAACUGCAAGUGCACGUUGGCAAACCUACACCGUGUAUGAGGCACGGUGGUCCUGGGAGCACUAACAGGGACUCACUGGGCUGUGUGAGGCGAAGACCAAGUCAGGAGACAAGAGCGACACCACAGUCGGGGUGACCAGAGCUGCCUCACAGGAGUUGCCCACCAGGGAAAGCUGAUGUGUGGACAUCAUCUCAGCUCCCCUUUGCCUACUUCAGGUGACACUGCUGUCAAGUUCUGGGGCCAGAGGAAGCUGCUGUGCUGCUUUCCCAGGUUCUUGGGGAAAGACAAGAGGGACGCGUCUUAUUCACUCAGACGGACCUCGGGCCUCCUCCAUCAAGGCACCCUCUGCCUUUCUGAGGAUGGUGCAUACAUGACCCCAGACAGAUGUGAGAAACAUUCCAGGUAAAGAGGCGUUGUUUUAACCACUGGCAGUAAGACUGGCUAACUUAGGGCAUCAUCUGAUUAACAUUUGACUGUAAUUUUCUUGACAUUCCACAUGGCCAUAAAGAUACCACUGUUUUACCACAGAAAUGUCUCCAGACCUCCAUAAUCCACUCAGGCACAAAUCUAGCUCCUGCCUCCGCCUGUUACACCACCUUCUUCUUCCUUGUCUCCUUCCCUGGAAUCGCAUAUUCCAUGUGAACAGCCCAGUACAGUAAGUGCACAUGGGUGGGCUGGGGCCUCCCCCUUCUACUGGAGGGAUGGCCGUCUACUUGGGAGCUGUGCUCAGACACCCCCAUAAGGUCUCCUGCAAGGGCCUUCACUCUCUCUGGGCUUGCAAACCAGUAGUCAGAACCCAUCCAGUCAUGGGCCAGGGGCUUGUGGCCCCCUCAUCUAUUCAAUACCCUGCCUCUGUCAGAAUGCUCAGCUCAAGCACACAGUACCACCUCUACGCUAAGGGGGCUGUUCCGAAGUGAGCAGAGCCUUCCAGGGCUGGUUUAGGACCCGAGCGUGGCCCAUGGUGGGCCUGCCCAGCCCUGCUAUUGUCUACUGCACUCCAGAAAUACAAAUGGAAAAUUCCAGAAAUAAACAAUCCAGAAACUUUAAA